AUGGUUUCUUUCAGCUACCUCCUCGCAGCUGUGUCUGCCUUCACCAGUGUUCUCGCCGUCCCCACGGCCGAGACCUCUGAGAACCCUGCCCUCUCCAAGCGCACUCAGAGCUCCACCGGCAACCACGGCGGAUACUACUACUCAUUCUGGACUGACAACCCCAACACUGUCACCUACACCAACCAGAACGCUGGUCAGUUCAGCGUUUCCUGGAGCGGUAAUCAGGGCAACUUUGUUGGUGGUAAGGGUUGGAACCCCGGUGCUGCUAGAACUAUUAAGUACUCUGGCACCUACAAUCCCAACGGCAACAGCUACCUCGCCGUCUACGGCUGGACCCGCAACCCCCUGAUUGAGUACUACAUCGUCGAGAACUUUGGAACCUACAACCCCUCUUCUGGCGCCACCAAGAAGGGAGAGGUCAACGUCGAUGGCUCCGUCUACGACAUCUACACCAGCACCCGUACCAACGCUCCCUCCAUUGAGGGUACCCGCACUUUCCAGCAGUACUGGUCUGUCCGCCGCAACAAGCGCUCCAGCGGCUCUGUCAACACUGGUGCUCACUUCAACGCUUGGAGCAAUGUUGGCCUGAAGCUUGGAUCUUUCGAUUACCAGAUUCUUGCUGUUGAGGGUUACUACAGCUCUGGCUCCGCCACCAUGACUGUUUCUUAA